AUGGACACUACUACUUUCCAAUCAAACACUGGGAAUUAUUCAGGUCCCAUUAUCCCCUAUAUGGAAGCUCAGUCUUCUGUCGCUAUGGAUGUUAACCAAGUUCAACACCACGAACAGCUUGAGGAAAACCCAAGCAGUAACCCUUGGACACCUGACCAACAGGACAGUGCUGACCUUAUCAAGCCUGACCAACUGGGUCCAGACGCUGACCUGAAAGUAGUUCGUACCUACUUGGAACAGCAAGUUCAUCUUAAAGAGGCAUACCUGCAGAGCCUGGUUACUUGUCCUGACCAACAAGUUUUCUUAGCCGCUAAAAGCGACUAUGAAAACUGGAAAGAAAGGCUAAACACAAUGAAAGCUCUUUCGGACAAGACACUAGAUGAUGCCAAAGUAGCACAUUUGGUUCCUAAGAACUUACCCGUGUUCAACAUCCGAGGACACACCAAGUUUGCACCCCAGACCCAAAUUAUUUGCCCAUAUUCGGACGCCGUACGGGCCUCUACAAGCUCUACGGAACAUACCCUGUGGCCUCUGCGGUGUCACGCCGUGCACACCGUAGAAAUUAUAUAUAUAGAAUGGGAAGAUAUUAUCAGACAGUAUAACGAUGGAGAGUUGACAACGACAACUGCUCAACUGUCUGCGAACUGUGCUCGCAUGAACGAGGAGCACCAGAAAAAGCUUGAAGAGAAGGUCAAGCGCAUAAACCAUAUGAUGGAGCAACCAACUCCUAUGGAUCUAGAUGUUUGUCAGCAGCUUGGGAGAGCUUUCAGUCGUGAGAUCAUGUCGGUUAACCACCGUGCUAGCGUGGCCAUGGGAUGGAAUGUCGGCACGCUCAUGUCUCCCCAGUUUGAGACCGAUUGGAUGCUUACUGCACCUAUAGUCUCAUCUAGCCCUCGUUUGACCAGAAAGCCUACUAAAAAGAAAAGCAUGGUUAAGGACCUCAUGGUUGAACUCUGUAACAACGAAGUUGACAAAAAUUUGACAAAGUUUCGUGGAAAGGUUUCAAGAGGGUGUCAGACGGUGGCAUAA